AUGGCAUCGCUCAUCACCACCAUCCAGUCCAAAUUGGGCUAUUCUUCCCAAAAAGCCCUUCUUCUCGGCGCAGGAUUCGUCACAAAACCCACCGUCGAGAUCCUCGCAAAUGCCGGUGUUGAGGUUACCGUCGCAUGCCGCACGCUCGAAAGUGCAAAGAAACUAUGCGAAGGUAUCAAGAACACGCGGCCAAUCUCCCUCGAUGUCACCAAUGAAGAGGCUCUCGACGCCGAGAUGGCCAAAACCGACCUUGCCAUCAGUCUCAUCCCAUACACCUUCCACGCGACCAUUAUCAAGUCCGCGAUCCGGAAGAAGAAGAAUGUCGUCACCACCAGCUACGUUUCCCCGGCCAUGUUGGAGUUGGAAGAUCAGGUCAAGGAAGCGGGCAUUACGGUCAUGAACGAGAUCGGUCUGGAUCCGGGCAUCGACCAUCUCUACGCCGUGAAGACCAUCGAAGAGGUUCACAAGGCCGGUGGCAAGAUCAAGUCUUUUCUUUCAUACUGCGGUGGGCUGCCGGCUCCGGAAGCCAGCGACAACCCUCUAGGGUACAAAUUCUCCUGGUCAAGUCGAGGGGUCCUGCUAGCCCUCCGUAACUCGGCCAAGUUCUACGAGGAUGGCUCCGUCAAGGAAAUCGCUGGACCAGAGCUUAUGAGCAGUGCAAAGCCUUACUUCAUCUACCCGGGCUUCGCGUUCGUGGCAUAUCCCAACAGAGACUCGACCCCCUACCGAGAAAAAUACAGCAUCCCAGAAGCCCAGACUGUAAUCCGUGGUACGCUGCGGUACCAAGGCUUCCCGGAAUUCGUCAAGGUGCUGGUCGAUAUCGGCUUUCUGUCGGAAGAAGAGCAGCCUUUCCUUAAGCCGUCUGCUGACAAGAAGCCAAUAACCUGGGCGGAGGCGACGCAGAAAAUCAUUGGCGCGACCAGCAGCAAGGAGUCGGAUCUUUCGUGGGCAAUCAGCUCCAAGACGACUUUCAAGGAUACACCAGAGAAACAACGUAUCAUCUCAGGAAUCAAAUGGCUUGGCCUGUUUUCAGAGACACCCAUCACACCGCGAGGCAACCCACUUGAUACACUCUGUGCCACACUCGAAGAGAAGAUGCAGUACGAAAAGGGCGAGAGAGACAUGGUCAUGCUGCAGCAUAAAUUCGAGAUCGAGCACAAAGACGGAUCCCGAGAGACCAGGACGAGCACUCUUUGUGAUUAUGGUGACCCGAACGGAUACAGCUCUAUGGCGAAAUUGGUUGGUGUCCCGUGCGGAUUGGCCUGUUUGAUGGUGCUGGACGGAAGAAUCAAGGAGAGGGGCAUCCUCGCACCGCUGAAGUGGGAGUUGGCGGGGCCCAUUCUGACGGAGUUGAAGGAGAAGUAUGGAAUCUUCUUGACUGAGAAGACGCUCGAAUAG